AUGACGAAGAGGUCAGCUGAAACAGGAGGCAAGCGUGGAAAGCAAGCCAAGAAGUUUGUCGAACAGCAGAACACUGCUAUUGAGCUAGCGUUAUCUGUCGCCAGUGUGCAAGAGAGCAAAGCUCAAGAGAAAGUAGAGAAACGACGGCAGAGUUUGUCAGCGGCGAAAUCGAAAGAGGAUCACAAAAAGAACUCUAGUAAAUCGAGUAGUAAAGACAAGCUAAAGGAGAAAAAAGCUGUAAUCGCCGCUCAGAAGGCACAGUCGAAAAAGCAGAAGGCCAAGGCUCGCAAGGAAACGAAAGGGCAUGGCGCAGGAGGUCACGGCGGUAUGGAGAAGGGGAUGGAUGUCACAACGCGUCAGAAGGAUACGCUUCCGGUCAGGAAACGAGUUUCUUUUGCUUGAUACGCUCUAUCCGGGUAUCUGCACUGUGAUGUUUCUUUCGUCAGAUGCACUGCUUCUGGAAGUAGUCACACGGUAUCUGGUAUGGGACUCGGAUGGGAACAUCGCAGGUCCUGCAAUGCCUGUGCCCCCUUUUGAUUGCGAG